UACAACAUACAGUUAUACAUUAAUAGGCCUGUACAGUGGUAUGAACUAUACCAUCACAGUGAGAGCUGGUAAUGUACCAGGAGCAUCAAAUUCAAGUAUGAUAUCAGCUAAGACAUCAUUAUCAAAAUUAUGUGGAAUGAGAUCAAUUGUUCGCAACUCAAUGGUAGAUUCUAAUGAAGAUGGUGCUGCUAUUGGACUUGCAAUUACUGUAGCUUUAUUGAUGAUUCUAUUAACUAUUAGUCUUGUUGUCCAUGUCUACUGUUUCAUAAAAUUAAAGUACCCUGCUUUCAUUGCAACAGAAACAAAUAAAUCCACUGCUAAAGAUGAAAAUAAAAUUAUUGAAGACAUCAAAAUAAAAGAAUGUGAAUCAUACCGUCUUCAUGAAUUAAGUAAAGCAGUGGUGUAUGAGGAGUGUUUGCCUGCUGAUGAUCAAUUUCCUGAUGUUAGUGAACCUACUACUGAAGCAUUAUACAACUACUGUGAUUGAUACACCUUUUGAAGUAUUUAACAUUGCUGGUACUCGUUAUAUUUUGUGUGAAAACAUGAAAUUUUGAUAUAAUUUUAUUUAGUUAGUU